AUGGCGGACUUAAGUUACAGUGAAAAGCAGUCUAUUAAAGAUUCAGUUAAAUGUUUAAAAAAAUAUGGAAGUACAUGCAAUAAUAUGAAAAGGCCUGAAUAUUAUAUUACUCACAUUGUUCAAAAAACUGAUACUUUACAGGGACUUGCUUUAAAAUAUAAUACAACUACAGAACAAAUUAGACGUAUUAAUAGAUUAUUUGCUAGCGAUAGUUUAUUUUUAAGAGACCAAUUAAAAAUUCCUAUACAUAAAGAGUCUGCAACUUCUUUUGACACCAAUAGUUCUGGUUUUGAAUCAACAUCAGAAUCAAUCAUAUCUCCUGCAUCAUAUGAUUCAAUUGAUGAUGAUGAUGAUGAUGAUGAAAAGUCUGUGAAUGAUUUAUUUGGUAAAAUUGAUAAUUCGAUUGCGAAUACGAGAGCUCUUGUUAAGCAAGUGCAAGAACAUAGCAGUGUUUUAGGAGCAUCUAAUAUAAGUGAUCUGUUUAAUAAAAGUCAUUAUCCUAAAAACAAUCAUCAGAACAUGUCAUUAUUAAAUGCAAAUAAUGAUGUAUUUACAACUCCUCAUCCUGUUGUUCUUAAUAAAGGAAGAAAAGUUAAAAAUUCAUUGCAAAGACUGGAAAAAGAACAAGAUGAAUUAUUCGAAUUGUAG